ACCACCAGCUCCCAGCAGCUGCCACGCAGCUGGCUGGGAAAAAGGGAGAGGGUUCCUGCCGGGAGGGGAAGGGAGAAGGGUGGCGUCUCUGAGGGAUUUAACCUCCUACCCUCGGUUCCAGGACGCCACCCCCUCCUCCAAAGACUGGGACGGCGCCUCCAUUUUUGUUUUGGGGCGGAAGGGCAGGGGCUGGUGGAUAGAAGAGGUCAAAAGGAAACGGUGGUUAUCAACCGAGAGGGGGGAAGAGGGUGCCGUCCUCCCUCGUUCCCUUCCCUUCAGUCUGCACCCCCUGCAAACUGCCCCCACCUUCUCAGGGUCUCCCCCCCCCCCUUGUUGCUAAGGCCCAGACCGUCAUCCCAGCAACAGCCUCAGUCAUGUGACCGGCAAUGGCGGCGCUGACGAGAGGGGCUGCUGUCACUUUGUUCACAUUCCAAACAGACUUCCGCAGAAGGGACUGGUCCUGGUCAGCCGAGUGUGGAAAUAGAGGGAUUUCUGCUGCUGUUUCCGUCCAUGGGCUUUCCAGGUCACACAACCUACAAGUAGGGAGCAGGGACACAGAGAGAGAGCCUGCAUGCCAAUUCUAAGCUCUUCAGGAUCAAAUGUCGUUCGUCCUGUCCAGAAUGGCAGCCUGUGGAGGCACCUGCAAGAACAAAGUGACUGUCUCCAAGCCUGUGUGGGACUUCCUGAGCAAGGAGACCCCAGCCCGACUGGCCCGGCUUCGCGAGGAGCACCGUGUGUCCAUCCUCAUAGAUGGCGAGACUUCUGACAUCUAUGUUCUCCAGCUUUCCCCACAGGGCCCCCCCCCGGCCCCUCCCAAUGGGCUCUACCUGGCCCGGAAGGCUCUCAAGGGGCUUCUAAAAGAGGCAGAGAAAGAGCUGAAGAAAGCUCAGAGGCAGGGGGAGCUUAUGGGCUGCCUGGCGUUGGGGGGUGGGGGGGAGCACCCCGAGCUGCACCGCCCAGGCCCACCUCCUCUCCGAGCAGCCCCGCUCCUGCCCCCAGGGGCACGGGGACUCCCCCCACCUCCACCUCCCUUGCCCCCUCCUCUUCCUCCCCGCCUUCGGGAAGAGGCAGAAGAGCAGGAGAGCACUUGCCCCAUCUGUCUGGGGGAGAUCCAGAACGCCAAGACCUUGGAGAAGUGCCGGCACUCGUUCUGUGAGGGCUGUAUCACCCGGGCCCUGCAGGUGAAGAAGGCCUGCCCCAUGUGCGGCCGCUUCUACGGGCAGCUGGUGGGCAACCAGCCCCAGAAUGGGCGGAUGCUGGUCUCUAAGGACGCCACACUCCUACUGCCCAGCUAUGAGAAGUACGGCACCAUCGUCAUCCAGUACGUCUUCCCGCCCGGUGUCCAGGGGGCUGAACACCCAAACCCAGGAGUUCGGUAUCCUGGCACCACACGGGUGGCCUACCUCCCGGACUGCCCUGAGGGCAACAAGGUGCUGACCCUGUUCCGCAAGGCGUUUGACCAGCGUCUCACCUUCACUAUCGGCACGUCCAUGACCACAGGGAGACCGAAUGUCAUCACCUGGAAUGACAUCCACCACAAGACCAGCUGCACCGGAGGACCCCAGCUGUUUGGGUACCCGGACCCCACCUACUUGACCCGGGUGCAAGAGGAGCUGAGAGCCAAGGGUAUCACAGAUGACUGAAGGACAUCCCCUUUGCAAGGCCCCUGCCGUUCUCCUCCACUAGGACCCAACAGAAGCCUCUGUUCUCCUCUCUCCCUCUGCCCCCCCACACCACACUAGUCAGGCACCUGUCUGACUGGGGAAGGAGUUCAGAGAGGAAGGGGGCAGUCCCGUCCCCUGUCCCCCACUGGCCGAGUGCUUCAGUGCAGUGUGAGCCACUCCCUUCUGGCAGGGUCCCAGGCCCUGCUCCCCUCCUCCUAUGUACAUACUCCCAGCUUCCCUGGCCCUCUCUUGCCCUUGGCUUUUUCUGGUUUGUGCUGUGCUCCAGUGAGUAAGCUGAGAAAGGACCUGGGUGGGGAGGGCAGGGUCUCUUGAACCCCCCCUGCGCCCACAUACUGCUCCUGCUGAACUUGUCGGUUCAGGGGGCUUAUUGGGCUGCUGUGAGCCCCCAUGGAGCCGGCUGUGUGUGUUCUUCAGAAACAAUUCCCCUUCUACCUUAACCUCGUCCUUUCUCUCCUGUGUCUCUGUCUGUCUUUCUCUCGCUCUUCUCUGCCCCCUAUAAGGAGCCUCCUUACCCUGUUCUGGAAUCGCUGCCAGACUGUAGCUUUUAAUUUAAUAAGAAUAAAGUAAAAUAUGCAACUCUC